CUCUCACACUCUCCCACGCCAUCUCUCUCUCUCUCUCUCUCUCUCUCUCUCUCUCGCUGUUGAUUGAUUUAUAAGUGAAGGAUUAUUAUUAACCCUGCCCAUUCCGUUGAACAUUAUUACACACACUUGUACGUAUCCCACUUGCGAAAGAAUUAUGUUGACAUGUAUAGCUUGUUCCAAACACAUUGGCGGCGGAUCUCUCCCCCCUCAACACCUCGACGAUGAUGACAACGACGACGUAUUGAAUCAACAACAAGAACCUGUCACUACUCCCACUGCCAAACAGCACUCCAUCAAAGCUCUCACUUCUCAGAUCAAGGACAUUGCGUUGAAGCCCUGCAAGCCAUGUUCCGGAUCAUCAAACCGAAAACCGACCCGAAGCUACGCCGAUUCCGAUACCACUUCGGAGAGGUUUCAUUGCUCUUAUAGGAGAACCGGCAGUGCUGAUUCGACGCCGAGAGUUUGGGGAAAAGAAAUGGAGGCCAGAUUGAAAGGCCUGUCCAGUGGCCAAAACACUCCUACUUCUGUCAGUGGAAGAACUGAGUCUGUUGUUUUCGAAGACGACGAUGAGGACGAUAACGAUGAGCCUAAGGAAUGGGUUGCUCAGGUCGAGCCUGGCGUGUUGAUUACAUUCGUGUCAUUGCCUAACAAUGGGAAUGAUUUGAAGCGAAUUCGAUUUAGUCGCGAUGUUUUCAACAAAUGGCAAGCUCAAAGGUGGUGGGCGGAGAACUAUGACAAAGUAAUGGAACUAUACAAUGUCCAACAGUUCAAUCGUCAAGCAGUAGCACUUCCAACCCCUCCAAGAUCUGAAGAUGAGGUAUCAAAAAUUGAAUCUGAUGGGAGCAGCCCAGAAACACCGCCAUUAAGUAAAGAGCGGAAGCCUCGCAAUUUGCAGCGUCCUGAUGCGAAGGGCUCAUCCUCGGAUUCACUUGACCAGCAUCAAGUGGAGUCUCAUCAUCACCAUGACUCUGCCCUUGCUUCAACCCCGAAAUUGUCAAGCAUUAGUGCAGGAAAAACAGAGACAUCAUCAAUAGAUGCUUCUGCAAGGACUAGUUCAUCUAGAGAAGGUGAUCGCUCAGGUGAUGUUUCUUUGAGCAAUGCAAGUGAUAUGGAGUCUGAAUGGAUUGAGCAGGAUGUACCAGGAGUGUACAUCACUAUCAGAGCAUUGCCAAGUGGUAUCCGGGAGCUUAGGCGUGUCCGAUUCAGCCGGGAAAAGUUUGGAGAAAUGCAGGCAAGGUUGUGGUGGGAAGAGAACAGAGGGCGGAUACAAGAACAGUAUUUAUGAUUUAGGCAAGGUUCCAAAUUACGUAGAUCAAGUUUUACUUGUACUGGAAAAAUUAACCCAUUGCUAAGUAGACAGACAUUUCAACAUGUAGGAUACCUCUGUGAACAUUUUUAUUGGGGUCGAAUGAAGGCAAAGAAUGAGAUUUUAUUUUAUUUAAUAAAUUGAGACUAGAUUGGGGCUCCA